AUGGCGUCUAGGCCAGCUAACGGUACAGCAGGCCAGGCGAGCACGGAAGUCGAUUGGGCGACGAUUGCACGACCCGAUCCUCCGUUCGUUGGGGGGAUUAAGGAGCAUCACGCUGCCGCGUUAACCCGCUGCGACGCCGACGAAAACGACGGAAGCCACGAGGACGACUUUAGCGACGACUUUGGCGACGACUUUAGCGACGACUUCGGCGACGGCGACGACGAUGGCGAAAGCGAUGCCGAAAACGACGGUGAGUCGGACGACUCGUACGAUAUCGAAGAGUACCACCUCAGGGAGCGGUUUGGAAGGCCGUAUGACUCAACGGUAGACGUGUUUCGUGACAGAGAAACUGAUCGAAACAGGGAAAGGGAUCGAAACAGGGAAACGGAUGCAGAGGCCGAAACGGGUCUUGUGGAGGAACCGGGUCGCGUGGUGCAACCGGGUGGUCUCGAGGUCCCUUGGUACGAACUUCAAGAAGGCGAGAAGGAACGAGAGGAAUUGGCGGAGCUCGCGGCGCGGAAGAUGAGUCAGUGGAGCGAUGCGGAGCUGAUGGAGCUCGCAGCGGCUGUCGUUUUCUGCCGGCACAGCGGGAAAGUCACGAUACGGAGCGGCGGCAGGGGGGACGUGUACUGGCGGCAGGUGUGGCGCGCGAUCCGGCUCACGAACCCCGAAUGGCGGCGCAUCCCGACAGCGAUGGCGAAGCAGUGGACGCGUAUGAAAGCGCGAUACGACGCGGAGACGCACGACCCGCGGCGGAAGCGGCGGCGGCGGAAGCGGGGGGAGACGGGGCGGUGCCCCGCGGAGGGGAUGCCGUCGGGGGAAGCGGAGCAGCCGGCAGGGGGGGGCUCAGUUGAGCAGCGGCAGGGAGGGUCUACUAACGCGGAUGAGCAACCCAAUAACGAGUCAGGGGGGAACACAGGGGCGAAGGCAAAGGUGAGGGGAAGGCCCAGGGGGGGAUGGUGGAGUGGGAAAAAAUCAGCAUGGGGACCGGGGCCAGAACCAGCAUGGUUUGAGUACGUUCGACUGUUCUAUGAAACUGAGCUUCAGGCGCGGAAAUACGUGGCAGCCAAAAAGGCUAGAAGAGCAGGAAGAGUGUCUGCUGCUGCUGCUGAUGCUGCUGCUGCUGCUGCUAAGGUGUUUACAGCAAGGAAGCAACCUGCUGAUAUGCCGGCUUAUGCGUUCCCUGAGAGCAUUGCCCACAGACAAGGCACAGUAGCAGCAGCGGAUGAUUUGACUUCUGGGGGUGUCUCACUGCGUGAAAGGGAUGGUAGAAGCGAGCAGCGAGAUAGGGAUGGUAGGAGGGAGCAGCGAGAGCGGAACGAGACAAGAUUUCCAAGGAGGGGAGCAGAGGAACUCACAGGAGGUGGAAAGGAUUCGAGCGCAGGGGUUUCGGGAGGGAGGCAGGGCGAGAGGCGGGGCAAGAUGCGGGGUGAGAGGCGGGCUGAGAGGCGGGGCGAGAGGUUGGGCGAGAGGUUGACUGCAGCGAUGGGUGCUGCGGUGAGAAGCGCAUGCAUUCAGUUUGAUGAGCUCACUCGGGAGUUGCUGCAUGAUGCAUACUCGCGGUUUGAGGAGCUUUCUCAGAAACUGGCAGAGGAUGCUACAGCUCAGUUUGAGGACAUUGCAAGAGGGGGGCUUUCACAGCGAGUGGCGAAUGAUGCUAGCUUGCAGUUUGAAGAGAUUGCGAGAGAGCUAGUGGAGGAGACUGUGGCGGCUUGCCGAGACGGCAAGACGCUCAAGAGGAGGUAA